AUGGAAAUCGCCGUCGAUCCGCCGGCCGCCAAACGCGGCCGCAAGCGCGGCGCCGGCAAGCCGCGCGAGCGCAAGAAGCGCGAGGCCAAGCCACGCUCGCGCACUCGCAAGAAGGCGGCGGCGGCGGCCGAGACCGAGGACGCCGAGCCGGAGCCGGCCGCCGCCGACGGCGAGGCGCUGCCGGCCGACGCCGACGGCGACGCCGCGAAGCCGGCCACCGAGACGGCCAGCCCGACCAAGGCCAACAAGCGCAGACGAACCUCCCGCAGUAAGAAGAAGGCGGCGGCGAAGGCGGAUGAGGGGCCGGUGCCGGAGGCUGCCGAACCCACCCCGGCCGACUCGGACGCCGCCGAGAAGAGCGACACAGAGGAGACGGCCGCCGCCGCCGCUGCCGCAGCUGCCUCUGCCGCCGCCGCCAAGCCGGCCCGGCCGCGAGUCAAGUCAGCCACGCCCUCGCGGAAAAAGCCCAAGGCCAAGCUGGCGCUCAACUUCAAGAAGAAGAAGCGCCGCCGAGGCAGCGACAGCGAGGCCUCCGACCUGGAGAAGACGCCGCCGCCGUCGCCGCCGCCUGACGACCUGCAGGGCGGCAAUAAGCGGCGCUCGGGCCGCAACGCCGGCGGCCGCAAGAAGUACGUGGACGACCUUGACCUGCGCGAGCUGGCCCAGAUCUCGGACGAGGAGACCAAGAAGGAGCCGGUCGAGGGACAGGCCAUCGCGCCCAACUGCGCCUUCAUCAACACGAACGACGAGGACUCGAUGAUCGUGCAGUACAUCCUGGGCGAGCGCAAGGGUCGCCGUGAGGUGAUCCCCGACGAGCCGGAGCCGGCCGCCGCCGUCAAGAAGGAGGUCGGCGGCGAGCAGGCCGCCACCGCCGCCGCCGGCGUCGACCCCGCCGACGGAAAGCCGGCCGAGGCUGCUGACGCUGCCGCGGAGCCGGGCGCUGGCGGCGCGCCCCACGACGGCGACGGCGACGCGACGGACGCGAAGCAGGAGGGCAAGACCGACGCCAAUUCGGACGCCGCGCCUGAUGCCAAGACGGACUCCAGCCCCGACGCCGCGGCGGACUCCAAGCCCGAUGCCAGCCCGGACUCCAAGCCCGUUGCCAAGACUGACGCCAAGGUGGAGGCGAAGACGGCGGCCGGCGGCGCGGUCAAGAAGGAGGCUGAGUUCGUGGAGAUGGACGAGUUCUACGUCAAGUACAAGAACUUCUCGUACCUGCACUGCGAGUGGCGCACCGAAGACGAGCUGCAGCGCGGCGACCGGCGCAUCUCGUCCAAGAUCAAGCGCUACCAGCAGAAGAAGCAGCAGUCACACAACGUGCUUGACUUCCUGGACGAGGAGCUGUACAACCCGGACUUCGUCGAGGUGGACCGGGUGCUGGACGUCUCCGAGUACACGGACCCCAACACGGGCGAGAAGAGCCGCCACUUCCUGGUCAAAUGGCGCUCGCUCUCCUACGAGGACUGCACUUGGGAGCUGGAGGACGACGUCGACAAGCCCAAGAUCACCUCCUUCUUCAGGUUCAAGGAGCCGCCGCCCAAGGAGCAGCGCACGAAGAAGAAGCGGCCGAAGCCGUCCGAGUGGAACAAGCUGGACAGGUCGCCCUGCUACAAGAACGCGAACGCCCUGCGCGACUACCAGCUGGAGGGCCUCAACUGGCUCACGUUCUCCUACUAUAACGGCCACAACUGCAUCCUGGCGGACGAGAUGGGCCUCGGCAAGACGAUCCAGGCGCUGACGUUCGUGCACGCCGUGUUCGAGUACGGCAUCCGCGGCCCGUUCCUGGUGAUCGCGCCGCUCUCCACCAUCCCGAACUGGCAGCGCGAGUUCGAGGCCUGGACCGACCUUAACGUCAUCGUCUACCACGGAACUUCGGCCAGCCGCAACAUGAUCGCCGAGUACGAGAUGUACUACAAGGACGCCGACGGCCAGCGCAUCCCCGACAUGUACAAGUUCCACGUGUGCAUCACCACGUACGAGGUGGUGAUCCAGGACUGCCUGGAGCUCAGCGAGGUGCCCUGGCGCGUGUGCGUGAUCGACGAGGCGCAUCGGCUCAAGAACGCCAACUGCAAGCUGCUGGAGGGCCUGCGCCUGCUCGACAUCGAGCACCGCGUCCUCCUCUCAGGCACGCCGCUGCAGAACAACAUCCGGGAGUUGUUCUCGCUGCUCAACUUCCUGGAACCGCAGCAGUUCGCCUCGGAGGAGGCGUUCAACAGCGAGUUUGGCGAGCUGCGCACCGACGAGCAGGUGAAGAAGCUGCAGCUGCUGCUCAAGCCCAUGAUGCUGCGUCGCCUCAAGGAGGACGUGGAGAAGAGCCUGGCGCCCAAAGAGGAGACCAUCAUUGAGGUGGAGCUGACCAACAUACAGAAGAAGUACUACCGCGGUAUCUUGGAGAAGAACUUCACUUUCUUGGCCAAGGGCUCGUCCUGGUCCAACCUGCCCAACCUCAUGAACACGAUGAUGGAGCUGCGCAAGUGCUGCAUUCACCCGUACCUCAUCAACGGGGCCGAGGACCAGAUCCAGCACGAGCAGCGCCAGGAGAACAAGGAACACCUCCCCGACGGCGUCGACACCUCACACUUCCAGCAGGCCAUGGUGCAGAGCGCCGGCAAGCUGGUGCUGGUGGACAAGCUACUGCCAAAGCUGAAGGCGCAGGGCCACCGCGUGCUCAUCUUCUCGCAGAUGGUGCGCAUGCUGGACAUCCUGGAGGACUACCUCAUCUUCAAAAAGUACCCGUUCGAGCGGAUCGACGGCCGGAUCAGGGGCGACCUGCGCCAGGCGGCCAUCGACCGCUACUGCCGGCCCGACUCGGACCGCUUCGUCUUCCUGCUGUGCACCAAGGCCGGCGGACUGGGCAUCAACCUCACCGCCGCCGACACCGUCAUCAUCUACGACAGCGACUGGAACCCGCAGAACGACCUGCAGGCGCAGGCGCGCUGCCACCGCAUCGGCCAGCAGAAGAUGGUCAAGGUGUACCGGCUGAUCACGCGCAACACGUACGAGCGCGAGAUGUUCGACCGCGCCAGCCUGAAGCUCGGCCUGGACAAGGCCGUGCUGCAGAGCAUGAACACUGGCCAGCAGGGCAAGGGCAUCGACGCGCAGAAGCAGCUGAGCAAGAAGGAGGUGGAGAUCCUGCUGAAGAAAGGUGCGUACGGCGCGCUCAUGGACGACGACACGGCCGGCAAGCAGUUCUGCGAGGAGGACAUCGACCAGAUCCUGGAGAAGCGCACGCAGGUCAUCACGUUCGAGGAGGAGAAGGGCUCCAGCUUCAGCAAGGCCUCCUUCUCCACGGCCGGCAACCGCUCCGACAUCGACGUCGACGACCCGGACUUCUGGAACAAGUGGGCCAAGCGUGCCGAGGUGGACCAAGACGAGGGGCCGGCCAAGAACGAGCUGAUCGUGGCCGAGCCGCGGCGCCGCUCGCGCAUCAAGCGCUACGGCCAGGAGGAGGCGCUGCUGCAGAACGUCUCGGACAUCGGCAGCUCCAGCGACACGGACGACAACAAGGAGAAGACGGACGCGCCGAGCCGGCGCCGCGGCCGCUCGUCCCGCUACCGGCCCGAUGAGGACGCCGACUUCAUCUCGGGCGAGGGCGCCGUCUGCUACGGCAACUGGACCCGCCACGAGUGCUUCAAGGUGGAGAAGCAGCUGCUGGUGUUCGGCUGGGGCCGCUGGGCCGAGAUCCUCAAGCACGGCGGCUUCCGCGACGGCUGGACCGAGGCGCACGUCGAGGAUCUGGCACGCCUCGUGCUCCUGCAGUGCAUCAAGGUGUACAAGGGCGACGACAAGAUCCGUGGCUUUGUCUUUGAUCUCAUCUCGCCCAGCAACCAGGGCACGUCCAAGCUGGGCCGCAACCACAUGGGUCUGUCGGCGCCGGUACCGCGCGGCCGCAAGGGCAAGAAGAAGCAGCGCGAGGCCAAGCUGGUGGCCCAGUACAUGGAGGAGUCGGACUGGAGCAAGGACAAACGCUACAACACGGAGGUGUACCUGGACCGCAGCUACCACCGCCAUCUCAACCGGCACUCCAACAAGGUGCUGCUGCGCGUGCGCAUGCUCUUCUACGUGGAGACGGAGAUCAUCGGUGACCUGGCGACCAAGAUCAUGGAGAGCGUGCCGGUCGGCGAGCUGAACAUGCACACGCCGUGGCUGGACCAGCCGCCGGUGAGCUGGUGGGACCGCGACGCCGACCGCUCGCUGCUGGUCGGCACGUACCGGCACGGCUACGAGCGGUACCACCAGAUGCGCCAGGACCCGGCGCUGGUGUUCCUGACGCGCUGCGGUCCGCCCGACGGCGCCGCGCCCGGUACCGAGGCCGAGACGGACACGGACGUCGUCGACGACGACCUGGACAAGGAGGACACGGAGUCGUCGGCGGUGGCGUCGCCGGCGCCCAGCUCGGACACGACGCGCGCCUCGACACCGGCGCCGUCCACCGCCUCCGAGCAGUCUGCCGUGACGGCGGCGACCGUGGCCGCGGUGGCCGCCGCCGCCGGCGACAAGCUGCCGUUCCCCUCCAACACGGACCUGAACACGCGGCUGCGGCGCCUCGUCACCGCCUAUCAGCGCAACUACAAGCGCGAGGAGCAGAAGCUGCAGGCGCAGGCGCGGCGGAACGAGCGGCGCGAGAAGAUCGAGCAGAUCGUGCGCGAGCGCGAGAUGCGCAAGCUGGAGCUGACGCAGAAGCGCUGGAGUCGCCAGGAGGAGGCCAGCUUCCUGCGAGUGGUCGCCGCCUUCGGCGUGGAGUAUCACAAGAAGGAGAACCGCUACGACUGGAGCCGGUUCCGGGUGACGGCGCGGCUCGACAAGAAGCUGGACGACACGCUCACCGAGUACUACCAGGAGUUCCGCGCCAUGUGCCAGCGCGUGGCAGCCGGCGAGCGGCCGCCGCCCCCGCCGCCGCCGGCGUCCGGCGGCGCCGCGCCCCCGGCCACGGCCGACCUCAUCCCGCGGCCGCAGGCCGUCUACCUGAUGGAGCGCAUCGAGCUGCUCAACACGCUGCGCAACGAGGUGGUGGCGCACGCGCACCUGGAGGACCGGCUCAAGCUGUGCGAGGAGGCGCCCAACCUGCCCGCCUGGUGGACGCCGGGCAAGCACGACCGCGACCUCAUCAUCGGCGCCGUCAGGCACGGCAUCGGCAACAGCGGCUUCUACAUCCUGCACGACCCCGACCUGUCUUUCCGCGACGUCAUCACGCGCCACAUGAAGGGCAUGAAGCUGGUAGACAAGAAAGACAAGCAGAAGUACGCCGACUGGCGCGCCACGCGAAAGCGCGCCGCCCCGCCGCCGGCCGGCGACGCCGACCAGAAGCCGGAGGGCAAGGAGAAGGCGGCCGAGCCGUGCCAGGACGACGCCGACAAGCCGGAGGCGACAGAGGUGGCAGCGCCGGCCGACGAGGCCGACGGCAAGACGGGCCCGCCGCCGACCUCCGACGGCUGCGGCGAGAACGGCGGCGGCGAUGCGGCGGCGCAGCUGCCCAACGGCGAGACGGGCGACGAGCUGCCGGAGGAGAAGCCCGCGCCGGCGCCGGCCGAGAAGGCCGCCGAUCCAUCUGUGAUAGACGCCACGCCGGCCGAGGCCAAGUGCAACGGCGACGACGCCGGCAGCGAACACGUGGAGAACGGCGAGGAGCCGGCGGCGGCGGACGCGACCACCGACGCUGCCACCGACGCAGAGGGUGGCGAGGACGUCAAGGACGAGGCGCCCGGCGCGGUCGCGGGGAGCGAGGAGCCGGUGAGCGGCGACACCGAGCCGGCGGCCGCGGACGCGGACGCGACGCCGGCCGAGCCGGCGCCGGCCGCCGGCAAGGCGGAGAAGGCGCCGUCGGAGGCGGGCGGCAGCGAGCGGCGGCGCUCGGACGAGCCGGCGCCGGCCGCGGCCGCCAAGGAGGAGGCGGUACUCCCGCGAUUGCCGAACCCAGCCACUCAGCCGCUGAUGGGCCUCUACCAGAUGGAGGAAUCGAUCAGCAAGUACGGCCACCUGUACGACCCGGAGGUGCUGCAGGAGGCGGCCAUGAUCCAGAUGCUGCACCAGAGCUACGCGGCACCCAUCCAGUGGCCGUCGGACCACACGCUGCACAUGCGGCUGCAGCACAUCGUGCGGGCGGUGGACACGGGCGCCUGGCCGACCGUCGACUACACGGCGCUGCCGGCCGACCCGCUCGACCCGGGCCUGAUCGGUGUCGGCCAGCCGCGCGACGAGUCGCGCCCCUCCACCAGCCGGCGCGGCUCCGCCGCCGGCUCGUCGUCGGGCCCGCUGGCACUGGGCGAGCCGGCGGCCGAGGCGGCGGCGCCGCUGCCGCCCCCGCCGCCGUCGGCCGAGGAGGGCGAGCGGCGCGGUCGCAAGAGGCGCCACGGGCCGUCUGAGGCGGACGCCGAGCGCGCCAAACUGCGCGCCCUGCUCAACCAUAACCUGCAGAGCAUCACGCGGCUGUCGGGCAAGCGCGCCGACAGCGGCGACGUGGAGGACCUGGCGGCAGCGGACGAGGCCGGCGCGCAGCCGCCGCCGGCGCACCAGCACGGGCCGCGCGGCCCGCCGGCGCACGGCGGCAUGGACCUGAGCUUCAAGGCGCCGGCUCAGCAGAGUCCGCGCGCCGCCACGCCCGGCCCGCCGCACGCCGGCCACGCCGCCCAUCGCGCCCAGACGCCCAAGGGCGACGACGUGCUGGACCUGUCGGCCAGCCUCAACAAGAGCCGCUCGUCGACGCCGCACAGCGAGAAGACGGACGACGGCGUGCUGGACCUGCACGUGCGGUCCGGCAGCCGCGGCGCCCGUCUCGACUCCACCCUGGACCGGCUCAAGAAGCGCACGGGCGAGGAGGCCACCGGCAAGGAGAAGAAGCGUCGCAAGCUGGACUCGAUCAUCUCGGGCCUCUCGGCCAAGACGAGCGGGCCGCCGUCGGCCAGCUCGGUGACGGUGUCGCAGCGCGACAUGACGCCGUCGGUGAGCAUCACGCCGGUGCCGCGCGCCGCCGGCCCGCUGCCACCGCCGGCGCACGGGCCGCGCGACGACCUCUUCCCCGACAUCACACUCAGCAGGAGCUGCCGGCGCGCCGCCGAGCCGGCCGCCUCCUCGUCCGCCGCGGCUGCUGCCGCCGCCGCUGCGGCCCUGCCCGCGCACGACAUGCACAAGCCUGACUCUAAGGUGCACAACUGGCUGGAGUCGCAGCAGAAGACGUCGCCGGCCGGCGGGCGCGGCGCCGUCUCCGGCAAGCUGCCGGCGUCGUUCGGCGAGCCGCCGGCCGUCGACUGGUCCCGGCUCAGCCCCGAGACGCCCGUGCCCGUGGUGCACCGCUUCUCCGGCAAAAAGCUGUCCGGCUCGGCGGCGCCGCAGCUGAAAAAUCUGGCGCAGUGGCUGCUGGAGAACUCGAUGUACGACGUGGAUCCGCACUGGGCCACGCAAAAGUCCGGCUCGUCGCGCUCCAAAGCGACCUCGGAGCGGCGCAAGGGUCCCGGCCGGCCGCCGAUGAGCCCUCCGUCGACGUCCGGCUCGCGGCCGUCGGCCAGCGCCGCCACCAGCAGCUCGCUGUUCGGCGGAUUCGGCGGCAAGAUGGACCCCAAGAACCCGCUCUUCGGCAUGGACCCCAAGAACCUGCUGUACGGCAUGGACCCCAAGAUGAUGGCCGCGUACGGCCUGGACCCGCGCAUGAUGUACAUGGACCCUAAGGUGCUAGCUUCCAUGGGGCUCGACGCCAAGGCGAUGGCGUCCAUGGGCAUGGACCCGAAGAUGCUGGCAGCGAUGAGUGACCCCAAGAUGCUGGCGGCGAUGAGUGAUCCGAAGGCGCUGGCGGCCAUGAGCGAUCCGAAAGGCGCUGGCUUCGAUGAUGGACAGCAAGAUGCGGCCGCCAUGGGGCUCGACAUGAAGACGAUGGCCUCGAUGGGAAUGGAUCCCAAAUUGCUCUCGUCGAUGGGCGUGGAUCCCAAGGCGAUGGCAGCGAUGGGCCUGGAUCUCAAGGCACUGGCGUCCAUGGGCCUGGAUCCCAAAGCUCUGGCGUCCAUGGGCCUAGAUCCGAAGGCGAUGGCCGCGAUGGGUCUGGACGCGAAGACGCUCUCGGCCAUGGGCCUAGAUCCCAAAGCGCUGGCAUCGCUGGGCAUGGAUUCGAAGGCGAUGGCUGCGAUGGGUCUCGACUCCAAGGCGAUGGCGUCCAUGGGUCUGGAUCCGAAGACGAUGACCAGCAUGGGCAUGGAUGCCAAGUCCAUGGCGGCAUCGAUGGGUCUUGAUCCCAAAGCGAUGGCGUCGGCGGGUCUGGAUUCGAAAGCAAUGUCUGCCAUGGGCCUGGACCCUAAAACGAUGGCUGCGAUGGGCCUGGAUCCCAAGGCUAUAGCUGCAAUGGGCUUGGAUCCAAAAGCAAUGGCUGCAAUGGGUCUUGACCCUAAAGCCCUGGCUGCUAUGAGUCUUGACCCCAAAGCGAUGGCUGCAAUGGGAUUAGACCCGAAGGCCAUGGCGUCCAUGGGUCUGGAUCCCAAGGCAAUGGCUGCUAUGGGGCUUGACCCUAAAGCAAUGGCUGCGAUGGGUCUUGACCAGAAAGCCAUGUCUGCCAUGGGUCUUGACCCCAAGGCAAUGGCCGCCAUGGGCCUUGAUCCCAAGUCGAUGGCCGCCAUGGGUUUGGACCCCAAGAUGCUGGCGAUGAUGGCCGGACUGGACCCCAAGAUGAACCCGUACGCGGCGGCGGGCCUGGAUCCCCGCGUUCUGAGCCAGCUGGACCCCAAGACCCUGUCCAGUCUGACCAUGGACCCCAAGAUGUACUCGAUGAUGGGCCUGGACCCCAAGAUGUUCGGCAUCGACCCCAAGAUGCUGAUGGACCCGAAGCUGAUGGGCGGCGUCGACCCGCGCAUGUUCGGCAUGCUGGCCAGCAUGGACCCGCGCACGUCGGCCGCCCUGGCUGGCCUCGACCCGAAGACGCUGGCGCAGAUGGACCCGGCCGUGCUGGCCAGUCUCGGCAUCGACCCCAAGCUCCUGCAGAUGCUGGCAGAGCCCAAGGCGUCGCCGUCCGCCACGGCCAAGUCGAGCGGCAGCGGCGGUGGCAGCAGCAGCAGCAGCGCGGCAGCAGCCUCCUCGAGCGCGGCCACGUCGUCGCCGUCGUCGGCCGCCGCCUCAUCCGCCUCCAUCACCACCGCGCCCGGCCAGACGUCGACACUGACGUCGCCGUCGUCGGCGGCGUUCGCGGCGGCGGCGGCCGGCCUGUACGGCCUUGACCCCAGCCUGCUGCAGGGGCUGGACUACAAGCAGCUGGCGCAGCUGGGGCUGGACUCGAAGGCGCUGGCCGCCAUGAGUCCACGCAACAACCCCUUCCUCAUGGGCAUGGACCCCAAGCUGCUGGCCGGCUACGACCCCAAGAUGAUGCAGGGUAUGGACCCCAAGAGCAACCCGCUGCUGGCCGGCCUGGACCCCAAGCUGCUGCAGGGGCUUGACUCGAAGGCGCUGGCGGCGCUCGAUCCGAAGAACAACCCCUACCUGGCCGGCAUGUCUGGCCUCGACCCCAAAAGCGCCGCGCUCAUGGCCAACUUCGGCAUGGACCCGAAGAGUAACCCGUUCCUGGCCGGGCUGGACCUGAAGGCACUUGGCCUCGACCCCAAGGCGCUUGGGCUCGACCCCAAACACCCACUGUACGGCAUCGACCCCAAGAUGCUCGGCAUUGACAUGAACAACCCCAUGAUGUUCGGCAUGGGUCUACCUGGCAUGUACCCGGGCCUCGGCCUGCCGCCGAUGAGCAGCGGCGCCGACCCCUCGUCGCGCGUAAGCCCCAAGGGCGACUCGAAGGCGGACAAGCGCGCGGCGGCGGCGGCCGCUGCCGCUGCCUCGGCCGCCAACCUCUCGUUCGGCUCGCUGUUCCCGCCGCAGAGUAUGGGCAGCAUGAUGUACCCGCCGGUGGCGCCGCCCGGCUGGCCGGCCGGCGCGUCGUUCGCCAACCCGCUGCUGACGCAGUCGUCCCUGUUCAACGGGCUGGGCGGCGCGGCGCCGGGCAGCACAGCCACCGUCUCGUCGACGCGCACCAAGCCGACGCCGUCGUCGACGGUGACGUCAGAGGAGGCCGGCGGCGGCGAGCGGCGCGCCGAACGCGAGAAGAUUCGCUCGCUCCUGAAGGACAAGGUCGACAUCAAGGGUGGCCUCACCAAGGAGCAGCGCAACCUGCUCAAGGAGCGCAAGCGCGAGCGGCUGAUGAAGGAGCAGGAUGGCUCGCUCGACCUGCGCGCGCGCGAGCAGCUGGAGGCGGCCGAGCGGCUGGCGCGCGAGAUGGAGCGCGAGCGGCGCGCCAAAGACAAGGACCUGGACGCCAAGGAGCGCCGGCUGGCCGAGGCGCAGGCGGCGCUGCUCUGCGGCCGGCCAGCCUCGUAG